CUCCAAGGGUAGUCAGUGGCACCUCGACCGCGCUGCGAUCAACAUCGUGCCCCGUUCGUUCCUGCUCGCUCGCUUGCCCGCCGCUCUCUACAGACUUGUCUCUUCAUGCACCACGUAUCUCUCGCUGCCAGCCAGCUGCUUCCGCGCUGCUGAAAGAGAAUUGUGCUCUGAAUUUUCCGUGCUCUGAUUUUAUCCAGCUGCGCGAAAUGAAGCGGUACGCAGUGCUCCUUCUCUCGUGGCUGCUCAUCUCUGCGUUGCCCUUUUCCUCCAGCGACCUCGCUGCCGGUCCAGAGUACUGGUACUCAGAGGCCCGGUCGCAGCUCCACCGCGCUCUUCACAGCCCCCCUCAGGGAGGGGUGGCGAAAAACGUGGUGCUCGUGGUCGGCGACGGCAUGUCCCUGGCCACGGUGACGGCCGCCAGGAUCCUGCGCGGCCAGCAACUCGGCAUGUCUGGCGAGGAGCACCAACUGGCGUUUGAAAAGUUUCCUCACGUCGCAUUAGCGAAGACGUACAACAACGACGCCCAGAUCGGAGACUCGUCGGCCUGCGCUACCGCCCUUCUCUGCGGGGUCAAGGCCAACACGGAGACCCUCGGUCUCGACGCCGGUGCUCGAUUCGAGGACUGCAGGUCCAGUCACAUGCACAGGGUCACCUCCAUUUUCGACUGGGCGCAAAAAGAGGGAAAGUCUACAGGGAUUGUGACAAACACAAGAAUCACCCACGGCACCCCUGCAGCCCUUUAUUCUCACUCGGCCAGCAGGUACUGGGAAGACGACUCGAAAGUGCCUCCAGGAGCCAGGAAAACGUGCAAGGAUAUUGUGAGACAGCUGGUGGAGGACGAGCCGGGCAGAAAUAUCAAUGUGAUCCUGGGUGGCGGAAGGCGGCACUUUUUGCCAAAGGUGGCGCGCGACCCGGAGGUGGAGACGGAGGAAGGUCGUCGGCUGGACGGACGCAAUUUGAUCGACGAUUGGCUGCGAGAUAAAAAGAAACGCAAUAUCCGCUCGCAGUACGUUUGGAACAAGGGCCAGUUCGACGGCGUGGACCCGGCUAAUGUGGACCAUCUCUUAGGUCUAUUUUCCUACUCCCAUCUGGAUUUCGAAGUGGAUCGUGAUAAUUCUGCAAAUGGCGAUCCGUCGCUGGCGAAUAUGACGCGCAAAGCCAUCGAGAUCCUGCAGAAGAAUCCGCACGGAUUUUUCCUCUUUAUCGAAGGCGGACGCAUUGACCACGCCCAUCACUACAACAACGCACGGCGUGCCCUGGAAGAAACCCUGGCCAUGGAGACUGCCCUGCAGGCGUCGAUGACCAUGCUGGAUCCGAGCAACACGCUUUUCGUGGUCACCAGCGACCACUCACACGUCAUGACGCUCGGCGGAUUUGGAACCAAAAGGGGCAAUCCUAUUUUAGGGACGGACGUGAAGCCAUCGGACGUGGACCAGAUGCCGUACACGACGCUGCUGUACGGCAACGGACCCGGUUUUGGGCGACAUCCUGUGAGCGGCAAGAGGGACAACAUGACCGGCACCGAUCCACUCGACAAAAACUACGUGCAGCAGGCGGCGGUGCCGCGGCAGUGGGCCACGCACGGCGGCGAGGAUGUCCCCGUGUAUGCACAGGGCCCGAUGGCGCACGCCUUCCGCGGGGUCAUCGACCAGACGUUCAUCCCACACGCGAUCGCCUACUCAGCGUGCGUGGGCGCGCAGCGCGACCGUUGCAACGAACCGCAGAAGGACGCCGCCUGCCCGUCGGACCCGGCGGCGGCGGCGUCGUCGUCCGGCGUCGCAGCUGACCGCAAGGACAACGUGUCGACGCCGCACGCCCAGCGGCCGGCGCUCACCGUUGAGGCGGCGGCCGCGGCGGCGUCCGCCUCCGUGGGGGCCACGGCCACGGUGGCGCUCGUCCUGGUGGCGCUGGCGUCAACGUUGGUCACCAGAAGUUAGUGCCACGGCGGGUGAGCGCCCUAUCAGUUCGACGGCAAAUAUCAUUUUACACGCGGACAGAUGAUAUUUUAGCAAGAAAUGGAUAUUUUUUAUAUGAGACUCUACGAUGAGGCAUAAUGUUCUAGCGUGGUUUUGGUGCUGGUCUAGAUUUUUGUAAAAUUGAUUCGUAUAAAGCGUCAAAAGGUGGAAGAGCAGACCUGCCCUCGUAACUGAUCAAGAGUCAAAGGCAGGGGUUACAGGAUGAAGCUGGCUGAUAAAUUUAAUGAAAUUCACACUAGUUAUGAGUCUACACCAAAAAUAUAUUUCAGUCAAUCUCCAUUUAUAAGGUUUUAAUGGAUUUUUUAUUUUUAAAUAAGGUGUGCAUUGGAUGCUUCUCACUCGACCCGAUUUAAUGAACACUUAAUUCAUCGUAGUCGAUAAAUAAAUUAAAUUAUUUAAGGGAAAAAGGUCACUACGGGUCAAUUUCUUAAUAUCUGAAAUCAUUUGGUGUUUUAUUUAAAUUUUGAACUUAAAUUUCCCUCUAAUUAGCCUCAUGACAUGAAUAAACCUUUGUUCAGACUUAAAAAUAAACGUAUUUUUGUCUUUAUGCAUUAAAUUACACUGCCAAAUAUCGGUUCCUCAGGCUAAAUGCAAAACCUGCACACCUUAAAAGUAGUCUUGGCUCUUGACAACCCCCCCCCCCCUCCCUCCUCAGGCCUUUCCGUUGUUGGUGGAAAUCGAGAUGUGUUACGUUCAUUCAAUUUUGUAUUGGUGUGAAGUUGAAAUGAUGGCCAAUUCGUUUAAUAUUCUGGCAGAAGAGCUCUACACCUGCAUGACUGAUUUUCGCAUUUUUCUUCACUGGUCAAAUCAUUGUCGUGUAUCAUUUAUGCGAGACAUCUUGAGUUACACGAGAGUUUAACGAGGCCACGGUGGCCACCAUAAAAUUGGCUAUAAAAGUAGGCAAUAAAAUCAGCCUAACGGAGGCAAGGAUGGCAUAAAAAGAAUUCCUCGAUACAAAAGUGCCCUAUUUUUAUUAUUUAAGCUAUAACAAUGAAUUUUGUUACGAUUUUGUCAAGCUUUCUUUAAGUACGAAAAAACCUACUCUUGGCAGGAAGACAAAAAAACGGACCAGCACCUUGUCGCGCAUUUCCCAUCUUCAAAGUGACUCUAACCAUAGGAAACGAGAGAUUGGACCAAAGAGAUUGCAGCUCGUUGGUUGUUCAAAAUGUGAUUCCCGCGAAAUCGUGUGUCUGAGUGUGUUCAAAGUGAGAAAGAACAGUGUGGGUGGCCGACGAUGGGAGACUCGCUCUCUCGUCUUUUUACCAUAAAAAGCUCAUAGUGUGUGAACAGCAGACAAACCCCCGACAGAUUCCGCAGCACAGUUGUGUUUGCUACGUGACUAAAUAGCGCUGCUUUUUGAGCGCGCCGUCUUGUUCCUCUCCAAUAGAAGAAAAAAAUUGAAGAUACACUUCCGUGCAAAAACUGGAGUUCUAGAGAGUAUCCAGCGGCGGCAGGAAACUUUUUUCGUUUAUUAAACGUGGAGCAUGUGUGAGAGACAACGUGUAGAUAUUAUUCCAAUUCUCACAAGUAUUUCAACAGUUCAUUGUGUUGAGACUUUUUUUAUUUUUAAAUAUCUUUUAGAAUAAAUAUGUCAUAUAUUUGGAGGGGAUCAGAUUAUAUGGUUUGUAAAAUAAAUCGUUGUUUAAGAGAAUCACCAUUGCAAAUAAAAAAAACUACCUGUUUA